AUGGCAACAGCAACAGCGGCUGGUAAAGCACGAUGUGUCACAUGUGGAAAAGAAAAAAGUACAUCUCGAUGUGAUGGAUGUUCUCAACCAUUUUGUUACAAACAUCUUGGAGAUCAUCGACAAGAAUUAAAUAAACAACUAGAUGAAAUUGAAGUCAGUCGAGAUCUUUUCCGACAAACUCUUACAGAACAAUCAGCUAAACCAGAAAAUCAAACAUUAAUGAAACAAAUCAAUCAGUGGGAACAAGAUUCAAUUGCUAAAAUUCGUCAAACAGCAAAUGAAGCUAGAAAAUUAAUAAUGAAACAUACCACUAAAUAUCUGACUGAAAUUGAAACCAAAUUAAACACAUUAACUAAACAAUUACGAGAAAGUCGUGCAGAAGAUGAUUUCAUUGAAGCAGAUCUUCAACGAUGGAACAAACAAUUAACACAAAUGAACAACGAAUUAGAUAAACCUUCAACCAUUAAGAUCCAACACGCUUUGACACCAUUAAUCAAUACAAUUCGUAUUAAUUUAUCAGGUAAUCUUUCAGUAUUAUAUUUCUGA